AUGCAAAAGGAGAGCGAUCGUGCGAAAAAGAAAAAAGAUGAGGUUCGAGAGGAAGAGGAGUUCGGUACCUUUCAAUACGCUGAUGGUAGUGUGUAUGAAGGAAAGAUAUGUCAUCGCGAAGGAACUUUAGAGAUUCCUCAUGGAGCACCAGUUCCCGUUCCCAGUUCCCCAGCACGUGGACAGCAGCAGUUGGAACCUCCCGUGUUAUAUCCAUUUCAGCACGGCAAAGGUAUUUUCAAAGAUGCCGGUGGAGCAAUUUAUGAUGGUGGAUGGUCAGAGGGAAAUAUGUGCGGUGAGGGAGUAAUUCAAUUUCCAAGUGGAGCUAUAUAUACAGGAGGUAUAUACAUCAACAGUUUUUAUGGAACUGGUAAAUACACAUGGCCUGAUGGUUCUUACUAUGAAGGACAAUGGGAAAAUAACAAGAUGCACGGUCUUGGCACCUACGUUGAUGCUGAAGGAAGACAUUGGGUAGGUAAAUUCUAUCAAGGUCGUGGAGUGAAUCUAUUAGCUGAGAUUAGCUUGUAA